CCGGGGGCCGGAGCCCCGAACUCGCUCUCUCUGCACAAAGCCAGAGCCGGUGGUGCGCCGGGGGCCCGGCUGCGGCGGGCGAUUCCGCGCCCCCGGACUCCCCAAAAGGGCCUGCAGUUCGGGGCGACCUGGCUGCCGCCGCCGCUGCUGCCGCGCUCCUCCGGCCGGCGGACCAGAUCCCGGCGCUGCCUCCACGCCGCUGCCCCUCGGGGGGCUGGACGGAUUACUGCUCUUUGCACCAGCAGCCGGCGGACUGGGAAACUCAGCCCAGUUUGGGGCUUUUUAACCCUUAAGAGAAGAGGCGAGGAGAGAAGGGGGUGUGUGUCGAAGAGGGAGGGGGCGAAGGAGCGGCAGACACCUCCUCUUAACUCUCGCAGCACCGCGAGCGAACGACUGCAUCAGCUGCCUCGGGCCGGGAGCGGCGACACCAGGAGAGGGGGCAGCGCGGCGGCGGCGAGCGCGGCCUGGGAGGCUGCGGGGCGCCCCCUCACUCCCCGCCUGGUAGCAGCCCCGGAGCGGGCGCGGGGCACCGGAGGCACACUCCGGCGAUGAAGCGGCAUCCCCCUCGGCUGGUGCGAGCCGGGGCCAGGGUCCAAGGACAAAGCCGGGAAGCGCUGGCGGCGCCCCGCCUCGGGCGGAGGGGGGGGCAUGCACCUGCAUAGCCCGCCGGGCCUCUGCUCUCCCGGCGCGCCUCAACUCCGCGGCUCCGCUCGCCAGCUCCGGAUUUACUAGAAGCCAUUUUGUCUCCCCCCACCCCUCCCCUCCCCUCCCCUUCCCUCUGACCUCCCCGCCCCCUCGACUUCCCCCCUUUUGUUAAUUAAAACUAAGAAGUGAGAAUGGGAACGAGGUGGCCAGCUCCGGCGGAGAACGCUUAAGGACACCACGCCAGUUCUCUUCCUUCCUUCCGAGAUGGAAAGAGGAGCUCCUAGCUCACUUAAGCCGGGGUAGGGCUGGUUCUCCUUUCCGAGCCAAAAUCCCAGGCGAUGGUGAAUUAUGAACGUGCCACACCAUGAAGCUCUUGUGGCAGGUAACUGUGCAUCACACCUGGAAUGCCGUCCUGCUCCCCGUCGUCUACCUCACGGCGCAAGUGUGGAUUCUGUGUGCAGCCAUCGCUGCUGCUGCCUCCGCCGGGCCCCAGAACUGCCCAUCCGUCUGCUCGUGCAGUAACCAGUUCAGCAAGGUAGUGUGCACCCGCCGGGGCCUCUCCGAGGUCCCUCAGGGGAUUCCUUCCAACACCCGGUACCUCAACCUCAUGGAGAACAAUAUCCAGAUGAUUCAGGCCGACACCUUCCGCCACCUUCACCACCUGGAGGUCUUGCAGCUGGGCAGGAACUCCAUCCGGCAGAUAGAGGUGGGGGCCUUCAAUGGCCUGGCCAGCCUCAACACCCUGGAGCUGUUCGACAACUGGCUGACGGUCAUCCCCAGCGGGGCCUUCGAAUACCUGUCCAAGCUGCGGGAGCUCUGGCUGCGCAACAACCCCAUAGAGAGCAUCCCCUCUUAUGCCUUCAACCGGGUGCCCUCCCUCAUGCGCCUGGACCUGGGGGAGCUCAAGAAGCUGGAGUACAUCUCCGAGGGGGCCUUUGAGGGACUGUUCAACCUCAAGUACCUGAACUUGGGCAUGUGCAACAUCAAGGACAUGCCCAACCUCACCCCGCUCGUGGGGCUGGAGGAGCUGGAGAUGUCGGGGAACCACUUCCCGGAGAUCAGGCCUGGCUCCUUCCAUGGCCUCGGCUCCCUCAAGAAGCUAUGGGUCAUGAACUCACAGGUCAGCCUGAUUGAGCGGAAUGCUUUUGAUGGGCUGGCCUCGCUGGUGGAACUCAACCUGGCCCAUAAUAACCUCUCUUCUUUGCCCCAUGACCUCUUCACCCCCCUGAGGUACCUGGUGGAGUUGCACCUACACCACAAUCCUUGGAACUGUGAUUGUGACAUUCUCUGGCUAGCCUGGUGGCUUCGGGAGUACAUACCCACCAAUUCCACCUGCUGUGGCCGCUGCCACGCUCCCUUGCACAUGCGAGGCCGCUACCUGGUGGAGGUGGACCAGGCCUCCUUCCAGUGCUCCGCCCCCUUCAUCAUGGAUGCCCCUCGGGACCUCAAUAUCUCGGAGGGUCGGAUGGCGGAACUUAAGUGUCGGACUCCCCCCAUGUCCUCUGUGAAGUGGUUGCUGCCCAAUGGGACAGUGCUCAGCCACGCCUCCCGCCACCCACGGAUCUCCGUCCUCAACGACGGCACCUUGAACUUUUCCCACGUGCUGCUCUCAGACACAGGGGUAUACACGUGCAUGGUGACCAAUGUGGCGGGCAACUCCAAUGCCUCGGCCUACCUCAACGUGAGCACGGCCGAGCUCAACACCUCCAACUACAGCUUCUUCACCACGGUCACAGUGGAGACCACCGAGAUCUCGCCCGAGGACACAACGCGCAAGUACAAGCCUGUUCCUACGACGUCCACUGGUUACCAGCCGGCCUAUACCACCUCUACCACGGUGCUCAUCCAGACCACCCGUGUGCCCAAGCAGGUGGCAGUGACCGCGACGGACACCAACGACAAGAUGCAGACCAGCCUGGAUGAAGUCAUGAAGACCACCAAGAUCAUCAUCGGCUGCUUUGUGGCAGUGACCCUGCUCGCUGCUGCCAUGUUGAUUGUCUUCUAUAAACUUCGCAAGCGGCACCAGCAGAGGAGUACAGUCACAGCCGCCCGGACAGUUGAGAUUAUCCAGGUGGAUGACGACAUCCCAGCGGCGGCACCUGCAGCAGCAACAGCAGCUCCGGCCGGUGUAUCAGGUGAGGGGGCAGUUGUGCUGCCCACAAUUCAUGACCAUAUUAACUACAACACCUACAAACCAGCACAUGGGGCCCACUGGACAGAAAACAGCCUGGGGAACUCUCUCCACCCCGCGGUCACCACUAUCUCUGAACCUUAUAUCAUUCAGACCCAUACCAAGGACAAGGUACAGGAAACUCAGAUAUGACUCCCCCCCCCCCCAAAAAAAACUUAUACAAAUGCAAUAGAAUGCACACACACACAAAGACAGCAACUUUUGUACAGAGUGGGGAGAGACUUUUUCUUGUAUAUGCUUAUAUAUUAAAUCUAUGGGCUGGUAAAAGAAACAGAUUAUA